AUGGAACGCUAUAGGAAGAUAGAAUUAAAGGGAAAAGGUAGUUAUGGAUAAGCUAUAUUGGUUUAAAAUAAAUAGGAUAGAAAAUUUUAUAUCAUGAAGGUAAUCUGAAGGCUAUUAUAGAUAAUAGAUGCAUCUAAAUUUGACAUGAAAGAAAAAGAAAAUGCACUUAAUGAAAUAGAUGUAUUAAAGAAUUUACAUCAUCCAUGUAUAAUAGAAUACAGAGAAUCUUUUGUAGAUAGAAAGUAAAUCAAUAUAUCUAAUUUAGUAAAUAUUUAUGUAUUGUAAUGGAUUAUGCAGAAGAAGGAACUUUACAUUAAAGACUUGAAUAAUAAAAAUAAAAAUAAGAACAUUUGAAAGAAUCCUAAAUUAUUGAAUGGUUCACAUAAAUUUGUUUAGCUGUCAAAUACAUCCAUGAUAGACGAAUCAUACAUCGAGAUAUCAAAACUCAAAAUAUUUUUAUUUCAAAAGGAGAAAUUAAAUUAGGAGAUUUUGGAAUUGCAAAAUCAUUAAUUAAUUCAGAAGAUCUCUGCUAAACUGCUAUAGGAACUCCAUAUUAUAUAAGUCCAGAAGUGUGUUAAAGAAUUCCUUAUGAUUUUAAAUCAGAUAUUUGGAGUUUAGGUUGUAUGUUAUAUGAAAUGAUGGCUUUAAAACAUGCAUUUGAUGCAAAAAGUAUAAUAUUUUAAUAAAUAUAGCAAUGGAGGGAUUAUUUUUGAAAAUCAUUACUGGAAAAUACUAACCUGUACCUACAUUUUAUUCAUAAGAACUUAUUUAAUUAUUAAAGGAUAUAUUAAAUACAGAUCCAUAGAAAAGACUAACUAUUAAUCAAAUAUUAGAUUAUAGAAUAGUUAGAAAAUCAAGAAAUGAAUUUUUGUAAAGAAAAACUUACAAUUUACAAAAGAUUCAAUUUAUUUCUGGAUAAAUUAGUAAAUAUGAGAAUCACUCUGGGAAAAUUAGACAUUAUUAGAGUGAAUAAAAAUUUAUUGGAGAAUCACUUGCAGAUUAAAUUGAGAAGAUGAGAAUGGAUCUUGAAGAAUAAUUAGGAGUUGAAAAAUUUAUAUUAAUUUAUAAUUCAUUAGUACUAUAUUUUAUGAUAAUUAGAUUAGAAAAAUGAGGAAGAUCCUUUAAAGUAUUGUGAUGAGAUUACAUUAGAUAAAAUUAACUAACUUCUAGGGUUAGAACAAUUAAUAUUUUGA